GCUCGGACGCGGCCGCAGCGCAGGGCGUGGCCUGAUGGAGGACGAGGAAAAGCCCCAAAUGUACCUCAUGAAGAGGGGCAGCAAACCCUGCCCAGGGAGCUCUGGGGAGGAAAGAGCCCCUGUGAGCCAGGAAUGCAUCCUGCAAUCCAGCCAGAGCUCAGAGCUAGUGAAGAAGCCUCAUGUCAGGGAGAAGCCACACAGAUGCUUGGAAUGUGGGAAGUGUUUCAGCUGGAGCUCCACCCUGAGGCAGCACCAGGUGAUCCACACUGGGGAGAGGCCCUUUGAGUGUGAGGAGUGUGGGAGGAGUUUCAGCCACAACUCCGUCCUGAUCCAACACCAGAGGAUCCACACUGGGGAGAAGCCCUUUGAGUGUGGGGAAUGUGGGAAGAGCUUCAGGCAGAGGGGCCAACUGAUACGACACCAGGUGAUCCACACUGGGGAAAAGCCCUAUGAGUGUGAGGAAUGUGGCAUGAGCUUCAGGCAGAAGGGCUACCUGGUGCAGCACCACAUGAUUCACACUGGAGAGAAGCCCUUUGAGUGUGGGGAAUGUGGGAAGAGCUUCAGAGGAAGCUCGGCCCUGAUUCGGCACCAGGUGAUCCACACGGGGGAACGGCCCUACAGCUGCUUGGAAUGUGGGAAGAGCUAUGGGUGGAACUCUGACCUGAGAAAACAUCAGCGCACCCACACUGGGGAGAGGCCCUACGAGUGUCCUGAGUGUGGGAAGAGGUUUCACAGGAGCUGCGAUCUCCUCAAACAUGAGCGGAUUCACACGGAGGAGAGGCCGUUCCGCUACCCCGACUGCGGGAAGGGCUUCAAGCAAAACUGCAAACUCACCAUCCACCGGCGCAUCCACACCGGGGAGAGGCCCUACGAGUGUUGGGAGUGUGGGAUGAGAUUCUCACAGAGCUCUCACUUGACAGAACACCAAUGGAGGCACCACUGAGGAAAGCCCUGCGAGUGCCCCAAGUGUGGGAAGAGCUUUGUGUGCUGCUCCAGCUCCAUCCCCCAUGAGAGGAUCCACGUUGGAUGAUCCCCAGUGACCGUUGUUGGGCAGAGCCCUGGUGAUCCAUGGUCCUGGUGAUCUGUGUUGGGAAGACACCUGGU